AUGUCUAGAAAGAGACAUACAACCUUUUUCGCCCCCCUGGUUUUCAGCCAGGUGGUGAUGCACUUCUCAAGCUUCCAGGCCACCCCUGUAAUACUCAAUGAGCCAGCGGAGCAACUCUUAGGAUGGCAGCCAGGUGAUGACCUCACCAAGGGUCUUCCACCCUUCGAAAGCGAUGAUCCGUCCGACUGGAACCUCGAUGCAUGGGAAGAUGGAAUCGGGUCGCAGCUUGCUCAGUGGGGAAAGACUGACCCAAUUCAAGCUCCUCAUCUUCAGCAAACCCAUGAUGGUCAAGAAACAACGCUCCUCUCACCGGCCUUACCAUCAUUUGAAAACCUCAGAAGUGGAGCUGAGGAUUCCUUGGAAGCCCAAACACUUUUCUAUCCCCUAGGGAGCGAUGGUGGUAGAUUAAACGGACACUAUCAACCACAUCCGGUUGAAUACCAAUCGCUUCUGGAGCCAGAGGUCCCAAACCAAUUAAGGGCAAGAUACAAACCGGAAGACAUUCAAUUCUCUGGUAUUGGUCAACCGGAUAAGAGAUAUAGACCGGGGUUGAGAUCUAGCGAGAGGUAUCAAGCUGGUACUAGUGCAUUGGAUCAACGUUUUGAGAGAACGCUCACAGAAAUGAGGGAUAUUCCAAGAUGCCUAUCACUAGUAAAUUGCACAUCCUGA